AGGCAACUAUACGGUAAUGAUAGCAUUAUCAAUAGCGAUAUCAAUAAGCCAACAGAUGAAGAAAGCCAUGAUGGGCCAUUUUGUUAUAUCAAUGUUGUCAAUAAGAAUGAUAUGCAAAAAUGUAUAGUCGAGAACAAAGUUGACUGGCUAGUUCAUUAUAGUGCAUUACUAAGUGCUGUUGGUGAACAAAAUCCAGAAUUAGCUAUGCAAGUUAAUAUUGAUGGCUUCCAGAAUGUUAUUGAUAUUGCCAGGCAAUAUCGAUUGAGGAUAUUCUGUCCUAGCACUAUUGGGGCAUUUGGAGCCGAUUCACCACGUAAUCCAACGCCAGAUAUUACAAUUCAGAGGCCUCGAACUAUAUAUGGAGUCUCUAAAGUUUACAUGGAGUUGCUUGGCGAGUAUUACCACCAUAGGUUCGGAGUUGAUUUUAGAUCUUUAAGAUAUCCGGGUAUCAUUUCUGCUGGAAUGCCUGGAGGUGGUACUACAGAUUAUGCUAUUGAAAUGUUCUAUGCCGCCUUGAGAACCGGUAAAUAUAAGUGUUAUUUAAGGAAAGAUAGCCGUUUACCAAUGAUGUACUUGCCAGACUGCAUUCGAGCUACAGCUGAAAUUCUCCAGGCACCGGAUGAAACAUUCAGAAUGAGGACGUAUAACGUUACUGCUAUGAGUUUCACUCCGGAGGAAUUGGCAUAUGAAAUUAAGAAAUACGUACCACACUUUGAGAUAUCAUAUGAGCCAGAUGCACGUCAAGCAAUAGCUGAUUCAUGGCCAGAAGUUUUCGAUGAUUCCAAUGCUCGUCGUGAUUGGGGAUGGCAACAUGAAUACGAUCUAUCAGCCAUGGUUGCUGAAAUGAUUACACUUGUUAAAGCACAAACUGAAGAAACAGAUAGAGUAGCGACAGCAGCUGCAAUUUAG